CGAAAGCAGCGGACGGCAGCGGACAGCCUGGGAGGCGGGGGAGAGGAAGAAGAGGGCGGUCUCUAGGGUAGGGCGAGGUGGUGACCCAGGGCCGGGAAUGUCCGCGGCGCGGGUCCCCAGAGCCGCCCCGGGGCCGCGUGCGGGCGAUGGCUGUCCGUCUGGUCGCUGACUUCGAUCUCCGGAAGGACGUGCUCCCGUGGCUGCGGGCGCAGCGGGCGGCGUCAGCGGCCGCUGGGGCAGAAGAUGUUUUAGAAACAAAUUAUGAGAGCUUAUGUAUACUAAAUGUUGAAAGAAAUGGAAAUAUUAUUUAUAACUACAAGGAUGACGAGAGAAAUAUUGUCUUUGGAUUAUAUGAUUGCCAAACCAGAAAAAAUCAGCAUCUGUAUACCUUUGAGAAAGACUUGCAAGUUGUCAGUUGCUCUGUCAACAGGGAGAAAACUUUACUUGCUGCAAGUUUAGUUCAAUCUACUGAAGAAGGUAGAAGGAAUGAGCUACAACCAGGAUCAAAGUGCUUAACUUUGCUGGUUGAAAUCCACCCUGUUAACAAUGUGAAGGUUCUAAAAGCAGUGGAUAGCUAUAUUUGGGUACAGUUCCUCUACCCACAUGUUGGAAGUCAUCCUCUCCCACAGGACCAACUGUUACUGAUAUCAGAAGAGAAAUAUAUUGAACAAUUUCAUAUCCAAGUCACCCAAGAAGAUGGAAAUAGAGUGGUAAUUAAAAAUUCUGACCAUAUCCCAAGAGACAGAAUAGCUGAGGAUUUUGUUUGGACUCAGUGGGAUAUGUCAGAGCAGAGAUUAUACUACAUUGACCUGGAGAAAUCAAGGAGUAUCUUAAAGUGCCUCCAGUUUUAUGCUGAUCAGAGCUGUGAUUUAAUGUUCGAAGCACCUUUGGACAUAUCAUUAAGUGACUCAGGAUUUAAACUCAUCAACUUUGGAUAUGAUUAUCGUCAAGACCAAGAAAAAUUGUGCAAAUACCUGACUCUGUGUGUUUUUACCAACCAUACAGGAAGCUUGUGUGUAUGUUACAGCCCGAAGUUUGACUCUUGGGAACAAAUCACAUAUUCAGUGUUUUACUUUCAUAAAGGAUACAGCAAGACCUUCACUGCUGCUCUUGGGAGUGCUGGCUCACAUGGGACACAAGGCAUUACUUUCCUCAAUCUUGAACGUUAUGUGGCUGUUUACUUACCUGGUCAUUUCUUUCAUUUACUUAACAUUCAACAUCCAGACUUGAUCUGCCACAGUCUAUUUCUGACAGAAAAUAACAAAACAAAUGAUACGCUACCUCAUAGUUCUUUCCAGUCCCUGUCAGGAUCCCUGGUACUGGAUUGGUAUUCUGGAAGGCUCUACAGAGCAUUCUUUGACCAGUCCUAUUUAUUGCGGUUCCUAUGGAACACCUCCCUAGAUUGUGAGAAGAUGGCCAUAUUGCACUGUGUGCUCUCUUGUGGACAAGAUUCACAGUUCCUGGAAGGCCAGAUUAUUCAGUGGAUUUCUGAGAAUGUCUCUGCCUGCCAUUCAUUUGACCUCAUUCAGGAAUUUAUAAUUGCUUCUUCUUAUUGGAGCAUAUAUGCAAAGACAAGUAAUGUGGACACGAUUUUGCCAUAUUCUUCAGUGCUCACCUGGAAUACAGAAAUUCCUGGAAUAACCCUUGUGACGGAAGAGAUUGAAUUGCCUCUCAUGAAGGUCCACAGCUUUAAGGGUUAUUGGGAAAAACUGAACUCCAACCUAGACUAUGUUAAGUACGCCAAGCCAUACUUAUGUUAUAACAACAGUGUGGUCAAGAGAGAGUGGCACAACCUGAUCUCUGAAGAGAAAACAGGAAAAAGAAGGUCCACAGCAUACAUGAGGAACAUUCUUGAUAGUGCAAAAAGGGUGAUUUCUAACAUAGAAGCAAGGAAUUCGGAACCAAGAUUAACACUCCUCUUGCAGGAGGACGACAACCACCAGAAGCUGCUCUUGGGGCUGAUGGUGUCUGAAUUGAGAGAGCAUCUUUUGAGACACCUACAGGGUGUGGAAAAGAAGAAAAUUGAACAGAUGGUUUUGGACUACGUUUCAAGACUGCUGGAUCUCAUUUGCCGCCUAGUGGAAACCUGCUGGAGGAGGCAUGAUCUUCAGUCUUUUGUUCUCCACUUCAAUAGGCCUCGAAGUGUUGCUGAAUUUGAAGUCUUUCACAUCAUGACCAGGAUUUUGGAAGCUACUAACAGUUUAUUUUUACCUCUGCCUCCCGGUUUCCACACUCUGCACACGAUUCUUGGAGUCCACUGUCUCCCUUUGCACAACUUGCUGGAUUAUAUUGAUAAUGGAGUGUUGCUUCUCACUGAAACAGCAGUCACAAGGCUUAUAAAAGAUCUGGAUAAUUCAGAGAAGAAUGAAAAACUGAAAUUCAGCAUCCUUGUACGACUUCCUCCGCUCAUUGGUCAGAAGAUCUGUCGAGUUUGGGAUCAUCCUAUGAGUUCCAAUAUCAUUUCACGGACCCAUGUGACCCAACUGCUUCAGAACUAUAAGAAGCAGUCUCGGAAUUCUGUGAUGGACAAGUCAUCAUUCAGUGUAGAAUUUCUGCCUCUGAACUACUUCAUUGAAAUUCUGACUGACCUGGAGUCCUCCAGUCAAGCUCUGUGUGAUUUUGAAGGACAUGACAAUGUGGAUGCGCAAUUUAUACAGGAAGCAGCUCUGAAACACACCACAAUGCUUUUGGACUUAUAAAAGAAAAAAAAUUCUAUUGUAACUACUUGUAAUAUUUUAAUCUUGCUCAUUAACCUUACUCAUUGAUAAUUCUUUAGCAAUAUUUAAAACUGAUAAAAAAUCAGAAUAUAUUGUUGAACAGUCUGAAUUUCAGUUUGGUCCUUGUUUAGACAGAAUUAACCUCAUUCCAGUUUUGAACAACCAAUAAACAGUCCAGUGUAUUGAAAUGACAAACAGUCCAAGAUGACCUUCAGUGCCAUAAACAGUGCUCUUCCUAGUGGCCAAGCAGACCAAGAGCUAGUUUCUGUUGAACUUUGGAAUAAAAUGGACUUCAGAAAUGUAGGAAAUAGUGCUUAGGCCAGCAAAAACUUAAAAAUCACAAGCAGAAGAAAUAUUGUAUAAGAAUUUUACUUGAAAAGGAGUUUUUUUUUUAAAUUGGACUAGAUAAAAUCUAUCUCCACUAUACCAUCAUUUGUAACAUAGUAAUUUGUACAUGUAAUAGAGUAGGGUUUGUCUUUGUGAUAGUUCAGAUGGAACUGUAUUUAAUUUUUUAUAUUUAUAAAAGUUUGAUUUAAUAUUAUACUAUUAAAAAUAACCCCAAUGCUGA